CCUCCUCCUCUUCCUCUGCUCCCUCCGUCGCCUCCGCGUGUAUAGGAGCUCAAACCACCGCGUUUACGCGCGGCCGCGGCCAGUCGUUAGCGGGCAGCCAGCUCCAUCCGCGGCCGGAAGGCUGCUGCUUAGACCCGAACCCGCCGACAUCCACAAACAAGUGGCAGGAGAAGGGGAUAGCUGGAGGAGAGAGAGACUCGGAGAAAGGAGAGACCAAAGAGGAGGAGAAAGGAUAAUUCGAGUGGUCGCCCCUGGAGCAGCGGAAGGGGGGGAGAGGAGAUGGCACAGCGCCUCAGCAUCCCAAACACACGGGAGUGGUGCGCCACCGACACCGGAGCUCCGGACUCAGCAGCAGCAUCACCGCCUCCCAGCAGCCUCUCAGCCCAGGUUGGAGAUAUUAAUCACCGGUUGCUCCGUCUUUACUCGUGAGGACGUGAGCUAAAGCACCUCUACCGUGUUUCUCCAACCAAGACCCAUCUUCCCUGACAUCCUGCUAAGUUCCCCUAUUCACCUGCCAUGGUGACAUGACGUACCCCUAAGCGGCUUUGCUCCUGUCUCGUAGACAAUCUCCAGAGUUAUUUUUUAUCCACCAAUCACUUGCACGCCCUCUCUUGACUCCUCUUGAAAAGAAAGGACGCGAUUCCUCUGACGAACCACAGCUCCACGAUUCGCAAUGACAGUAGCUGUGCGAUUUCGUCGCCACUUACGUAGACUCCUGCUCUUACUAGCCUCCUGUUGCCUCCUGUCUCUUCUCCUCUCUGCCUACUUUCUGUUCACCAACUCCUCCCCUUCCAUGCAUCUUGGACAAUCUGCCGAGCCCGCCUGCUCCCAGCCGCUCUCCAUAUCGCCGUACCGUCAGCUCCCGAACCCGUACCCUCCAAACCCCCCCCACACGCAUGUUCAUACCGACCCUGUCGUGCUGGUGCUGGUGGAGUCCCAGUACUCCCAGCUCGGUCAGGACAUUGUGGCUAUAUUAGAGUCAGCCCAUUUCCAAUUCCGCAUGGAGAUUGCCUCAGGAAAGGGCGACCUUCCACCGCUGACAGAAAAAGGCCGAGGGCGAUAUUCACUCAUCAUUUAUGAGAACCUAUUAAAGUAUGCACAUGCAGAUACAUGGAACAGACAGCUGUUGCAUCAAUAUUGCACAGAGUACAGAGUCGGCAUCAUUGGCUUCUACCGCUCAACUGAGAAUUCCCCAUCAGUCCUCAAACUCCGAGGCCUACCGCUGGUGCUCCGGACCAACCAGGUGCUCUGGGACUGUUGUGUGGUGUCCAGUUCACCGCUCCUUCACUUGACCAAACCUGGCACAGACCGAGGGGCCUUACCUGGGGAGGACUGGACUUCAUUCUCCUCCAAUCAUUCCACAUACCAGGCUGUGCUGCACGCACGGGCUAAAGAGGGAUCAGGAGCAGGGAGCGGAGAUAAUGCCGGACCGGGUUUCAGCCUAGGCCUCCAAGCCACGGUGGUACAGGACAUGGGGCUUUAUGAUGGGGUGAGACGAGUCCUCUUUGGCCAGGGACUGGGCUACUGGCUCCACAGACUCAUCCUGGUGGAUGCUAUUUCCUACCUCACGGACAGGAAGCUUACUCUGGGUCUGGACCGGCACAUCCUGGUGGAUAUAGACGAUAUUUUCGUCGGUAAAGAGGGCACGCGUAUGAACACCAAGGAUGUGAAGGCUCUCCUUGAUACCCAAAAGCAGCUGCGUUCGUUCAUCUCCAACUUCACCUUCAACCUGGGCUUUUCUGGAAAGUUCUACCACACAGGCACGGCGGAGGAGGACGAAGGAGAUGAUCUACUCCUGAAGUAUGUAGAUGAGUUCUGGUGGUUCCCCCACAUGUGGAGCCACAUGCAGCCUCACCUCUUCCACAACGAGUCCUCGCUGCUGGAGCAGAUGGUCCUCAACAAGGAGUUUGCUCUGGAGCACAACAUCCCCGUGGACAUGGGCUACGCCGUGGCCCCUCACCACUCCGGCGUCUACCCUGUGCACCUGCAGCUCUAUGAGGCGUGGAGGCGCGUUUGGAACAUCCGGGUUACCAGCACUGAAGAGUACCCCCACCUCAAACCUGCCCGCUACCGCAAAGGCUUCAUCCACAACAACAUCAUGGUGCUGCCUCGUCAGACAUGUGGCUUGUUUACUCACACCAUCUACUAUAAGGAAUACCCUGGAGGACCUAAGGAACUGGACAAAAGCAUCCGUGGGGGAGAGCUGUUCCUCACUGUGCUGCUCAACCCAAUAAGUAUAUUCAUGACCCACCUGUCAAACUACGGAAACGAUCGACUGGGUCUGUACACUUUUGUCCACCUGGUUUCCUUCCUUCGCUCAUGGACGAACCUGAGACUCCACACCCUCCCACCCCUCCAGCUCGCACACAAGUACUUCCAGCUUUUUCCGGAACAAAGGAACCCGCUCUGGCAGAACCCAUGUGAUGACAAACGGCAUAAAGACAUCUGGUCUAAAGAGAAAACCUGUGACAGGUUACCUAAAUUCCUGGUUGUGGGGCCACAGAAAACAGGAACGACAGCACUUUAUCUCUUCCUGCUCAUGCAUCCUUCAGUAUCCAGUAACUUUCCCAGUCCAAAGACAUUUGAGGAGGUCCAGUUCUUCAACACGAACAACUACCACAAAGGAAUUGACUGGUACAUGGACUUUUUUCCCGUACCCUCUAAUGUCAGCACAGACUUCAUGUUUGAGAAGAGCGCUAACUAUUUUCCCUCGGAGGAGACCCCAAGGCGAGCUGCCUCCCUGCUGCCCAAAGCCAAGAUCAUCACCCUGCUCAUCAACCCAUCUGACAGGGCCUACAGCUGGUAUCAGCAUCAAAGAGCUCACGAGGACCACGCGGCCCUGCAGUUCACCUUCUAUGAUGUCAUCAGUGCAGGAAGGGGAGCACCUGCAGAGCUGCGCUCGCUGCAGAGUCGCUGUCUCAUCCCUGGUCUGUAUGCUGCACACCUAGAACGGUGGCUGGCAUACUACCCCCCCAACCAGGUGAUGAUCAUAGACGGCCAUCAGCUCCGAGCCGACCCUGCAGCAGUGAUGGAUGAAGUCCAGAAGUUCCUUGGAGUCACUCCUCACCUCAACUACUCCCAGGCUCUCACCUUUGACCCUCAAAAGGGCUUCUGGUGCCAGGUCCUCGAGGGAGGAAGAACAAAAUGUUUGGGAAAAAGCAAAGGAAGGAAGUACCCUCCUAUGGAGCCAGAGGCUCGAGCAUACCUCUCCAAGCAUUACAGAGAACACAAUGUGGAGCUGUCAAAGCUGCUGCAUCGACUCGGACAGCCCCUUCCCUCGUGGUUAAGAGAAGAGCUGCAGAAGGUUAGAUAACCUUUCAGUCCAUGAACCAGGGGUAAAGGUCAAGAUAUCAGUCAGUGAGGAGCAACCAGGAGCGCCUGACCUUCAGAUGCACUGUCUGUUGCCUUUUAGCGCCCCCUGGGGUGGAAACAAAGACUGACAGAUGACCUUGUUUCAUCCGUGAUGCUGCUGAACAGAAGAAGUCAUGAUCAAGCAAAGAUACUUUCUUUGAGCUGGGAUAGAUGGAUGACUUGAACAGCUCUGAAGACAAGGAACCUAAAGGAAGCUUACCAUUAAACUACUGAGGAGUAAAACUGGUGAAUGGCGGAGAGUUGGCACAUCUUUGUUUCCCAAUCCCGUUCUGAACCGACUCUCACACAUCUGCAGUGAUUUAGAUUGUUCCUUUUGUUUUUCGUUGUCUCCUUUAACUUAUGUUGCCAGAGCAGCGCUGGUCAGCUGUGCAUGGCUCAUAUGAAAACAACUUUGCACUAAGUUCUGUUAAAUGUAUCUCCAAGAAGAAGAAAAAUACAUAUCUGACCUUUCUGUGGUUUGAUUUUAUCACUUUUUUUAUUCCAUCAAAGUCACAAAGAGUAAGAAUGGGGUAAUAAGUGCAUAGACUCAGGGUGGUAAAAGGCUGUUACUGUUCAUUAUAGAUUCCUUUUCUUUAUGUUGAUUUUUUUUAACGGAAACUAGUUUCUAAUAGAUCCUGUAACCUUGCUCACCCUCAAGUACGUCACCUGACAAUUAGGGUGAAAGGUUUGAACUGGAGAUUUGCUAAACAGAAGCUAAAAGCAUGUCCUCAACUCAGUAUUUUCCCAGAAGUAAUGCUUCUUCCAUUCAUUUAUUGGAUGGCAAUCUCAUUUUGAUAGAGUUGAAUAACAAUGUCUAAAUUCAUUCUCAGCCUCUUGAAAAGUAGUGGCCUGUGUUUGUUUAGCUUCAAUUUGAAUGCAAGCAUCCCUAAAUGUCACACACACGAACCAAAAUUAAAAAAAUGAAUAUGACUGUCAACA